UGCCUUAGCAGCCCGAGCCGGCACCUAGCGAGCCCGCCUGUCCAGCAGCGCCAGCUCCGCGGGCGGGUUCAGCAUCCUCCCGCCACUGGGCGCCCGCAUCAGUUCGUGCUGCCCCGAGACCUCCGGCGGGGUGCCGCUGCCUGCACUACUUGCUGCAACUUUUGCAGCCGCGUGCGGCCGCCCUUCUGCCCGGCUUGGAAGUUCGCAGCUCCCGCCACAAAGUUGAGACCCUUGAGGAAUCGAAUUUGCUUUUUCAUCUGCCUCUUCCCCAGCGUGCAGGUCCCCCUUGGUUCGUGGAUCCUCGUGCUUGACAUCUUGGUGGGAUCCCGGGACGUGGACUUUCCCCACACACCACAUCUUCGGGGAGAGAUAAAUCAAACAAACUUUCCUCUUCCCGCUAGGAAAAACAAACAAGUUCUUUAAGGAUGUUGCUGCUCCACUGGUGUCUGCUGUGGCUCCUGUUACCGCUCACCUUGAGGACCCAAAAGCUGCCCACCCGAGAUGAAGAACUUUUUCAGAUGCAGAUCCGGGAUAAGACAUUUUUCCAUGAUUCGUCUGUGAUUCCAGAUGGAGCUGAAAUCAGCAGUUACCUCUUUAAAGAUACACCUAGAAGGUACUUCUUCAUGGUCGAGGAGGAUAACACCCCACUGUCUGUCACUGUGACACCCUGUGAUGCACCUCUGGAGUGGAAGCUUAGCCUUCAGGAGCUGCCUGAGGAGGCCAGCGCAGAUGGAUCAGGUGACCCUGAGCCACUUGAUCAGCAGAAGCAGCAGAAGACUAACUUGGAGGGCACAGAACUGUUCUCUUACAAGGGCAAUGAUGUUGAGUAUUUUCUGUCUUCAAGUUCCCCAUCUGGUUUAUAUCAGCUAGAGCUACUUUCAACAGAGAAAGACACACAUUUCAAAAUAUAUGCCACCACCACUCCAGAAUCUGAUCAGCCAUACCCUGAAUUGCCAUAUGACCCCAGAGUUGAUGUGACCUCCCUGGGACGCACCACAAUCACUUUGGUCUGGAAGCCGAGCCCCACGGCCUCUUUGUUGAAACAACCCAUUGAGUACUGUGUGGUCAUCAACAAGGAACACAAUUUCAAGAGCCUCUGUGCCGUGGAAGCAAAGCUAGGUGCAGAUGAUGCCUUCAUGAUGGCACCCAAACCUGGCCUGGACUUUAGCCCUUUUGACUUUGCCCAUUUUGGAUUUCCAACAGAUAAUUUGGGUAAAGAUCGAAGCCUCCUGACAAAGCCUUCCCCCAAAGUGGGACGCCAUGGCUACUGGAGGCCGAAGGUUGAUAUUCAGAAGAUCUGCAUAGGAAAUAAAAACAUUUUCACAGUCUCUGACCUGAAGCCGGACACCCAGUACUACUUUGAUGUCUUCAUGAUCAAUACCAACAGCAACCUGAGCACAGCUUACGUGGGUACUUUUGCCAAAACCAAGGAGGAAGCUAAACGGAAAAUAGUGGAGCUAAAAGAUGGGAGGGUCACAGACGUGUUUGUUAAAAGGAAGGGAACAAAGUUUCUGCGAUUUGCUCCAGUCUCCUCUCACCAAAAAGCCAGCUUCUUUAUUCACUCCUGUCUGGACGCUGUUCAAGUUCAAGUGAGACGAGACAGGAAGCUGAUUCUGUCCCAGAAUGUGGAAGGCGUUCGACAGUUCCGGCUAAGAGGAAAACCCAAAGCAAAAUACCUCAUUCGUUUGAAAGGCAACAAGAAAGGAACAUCUAUGUUGAAAAUUCUGGCCACCACCAAGCCCAAUAAGCAGCCUUUCCCCUCUCUUCCGGAAGACACGAGAAUCAAAGCCUUUGAUAAGCUGCGCACCUGCUCUUCAGUCACAGUGGCUUGGCUAGGCACUCAAGAAAGGAACAAGUUUUGUAUCUACAGAAAGGAAGUGGAUGGGAAUUACAGUGAAGACAGGAAGAGAAGAGAGCAAAACCGAUGCCUCGGACCAGACAACAGGGAGAAGUCAGAGAAGGUCCUCUGCAAAUAUUUCCACAGCCAAAAUCCACAGGAAGCAGCGACCACAGAGACAAUCAAAGAUCUGCAGCCUGGCAAGUCUUACCUGCUGGAUGUUUAUGUUGUAGGACAUGGGGGACACUCUGUGAAAUAUCAGAGUAAAGUUGUGAAGACAAGGAAGGUCUGUUAGUUACCAUGAGUGAAGAUGUGUAGACUCCAGUAGAGACAUGGAAUCACUCUGUAAACUGACUCCUCUCAUGGAGGACCGAAGAUGUGACCUGGGAUACCAACAAGUGUACGGUGAUAUCCGUGUAACAUAACCUGGAGACUCACGCAACUUGUACUCAAACACACCUGUGGUACUUAGGGUCCAUCUGUCUGAUACUGGUUGAUGUCAAAGGAAGAGGGUAUCUUGAUGGAUACCACCCCUUGCUUUGAGCAUUGCAUGAACUGCUUCUAAAUUAUUUUAUUACCUAAAAAUUAAAAAAUAUGCCAUUUGUUGCACACAUUCACAAAAGCAAAUCAUUUCUUUCUAUAGAUGUUAUUAGGGGAACAUAUAUAUAUAUAAAUUAUUUUAUAAAUUCUGUUUUAAAUGUUGGUGUUUCUAUUAUUGUAAGCUUAUUAAAUUCUUUCUCUGUUAAAGUAUAGAUCUAAUCUAAGAUCACAUUGCCCUCUAGGCAGUAAUAUUGUUGUAAAUUCUUGUUUGUUCAGUAAAAUGUUUAAAUGCUAUGUGUACUCAUGUAAAAAAUUAUAUAUAGUAUAUUCAUGUACAUAAAAUUAAGAAUAUUAGAUUAUUACACUGUUCAUUUUCCCAAGCAGUACUGUGGUGUAUUCAGUUUCUUAUCUGUCUCUAAAAUUAUGCUUCUCUGUAACUUGGCACCAAAAUUUAGUCUUAUUUAGUAACUAAGAGGGAAUAUUGCCUCUCUUGACAUUUACGGGCAUCAAGAGCCGUUAUUCAAAUCUAGAUGUGUGCACCAAGUGGGAACCAGCCUUUGUGGGAGGCAAAGAGACCUGCUUGAGAAUAGGACAGGGCAAACACUAUCAGCCUAAGACAACAUGACGACAACCUGACUUUAGGAGAACUGCUAUUUCCCACGAUCCCCCUUUCUUGUUUAUAAAGUUGAGGGGGUUGUAGAUGUGGAUGCGAUGACCUGGUUAGAUACCUUCUGUCCCAAGAAGCUGCAUUUGUAGAACUCUAAAGCCUCACAUUCUACACUACGGUGGGACAGGCACAACUGUCACUCUCUUUGCUGUCUGCUGCACAGUCUUUGGCAUCAUAGCCUUUGCUAGGUGAGUUCACGGGCAGCAGCAUUGCUAUAGAGUACAGGACUACUGUGGGGCUACUCCACUCCUGUGACAUGUGCUCUGCUUUGCUUCAGGAUAAUGACAGUUAUGACAGACCCUCUAACUCCUCAGCAGUGACCUUUAGCAAAGCUUGUUCGUCCACAUAAGACAGGAAUGAUACCUGAGAUAUAAUUUUUUUUUCAAAGGAGAAGACUAUGCACCCAAUGCUUUAUUUAAGCAAAUGCCUGCCAUAUAAGGAGAGACUGACAGUUAACACCCAGAGAAAAUAUACUUAAUUAUGAAUGUGGGAGAAACAUCUUCCUAAUGUUGCUGGGUGACUUGAAAGUGGGAAUCCAGUGGACCAGAUUUACUGCAGCUUUGAUGGCCUGGACUCUUGGGUACUGCCAAACACCCAUGAGCCGGGAGCCAGGCUGCUGAUCCACCCAAGUUGGCUUUUCCACUAUCUGUGAUGGUGGUUUCUUCACAUUCUGGACAAAUACAGGAAUCCUUUCAUGGCUCUAGAAGAAUUGGCCUUUUGAACUAAGGAAAAUGAAACAGACAUUGUGAAACUUCUGCUCAUAGCAAAGGGGAACCCAUGACAAUCAUGCCCUGCCCCUGAUGUUCUAAUAGCUCAAGAGCAUCCAGGUAGAUCAAGGGACAAGAUAGAAAGACUUGUUCACAUUAUCAAAAAAACUACAACCUUGCUAAUGCAAAAGGGGAGCCUGGCCUAUGCUAAUCUCCAAGUGAACAAUAGAUACUGAGGGGGAAGAUGCCCAAUGCUGUGGGUAGAUGGAUUUGAAAAGAGAGGAUUUUGAGGUAUUUAGUUCAUUGUCUUUACUUUUCAGGUGCAAUGACAGAGAAAGAACAGAAUACAUUUAA